AUGACAUCAGUCACACAGGGUUCUAUUCCCGAAGUAGUGGAGAAGGUUAUAGGAGAGUCUUUAGAACAAAGAACAUCAAUUCUGGAUAACAUAAAUGAUCUCGGUCCUCCUGAUAUGGUUCAUUUGGCCAAGACUAUGAACAAUUCUUCCACUAAGAUUCCUUGUACUGGAACUUUCUUUUAUUAUACAGGAGUUGACUCACGCAAUUCGGCUACCAUUGCCGCUCUGCUUCAUUCUUUGGUAGAUAUUAUGGGUGAGAAGCCUCAGCUGUGGUUCGGAAAACAUAAAUCAUGGAAGGUUACAGAGGCAACAUACUGUUCUUACAAUGCAUUUUCCAAAUUGGACUCCCGUGUUAAGGUUCAAUUUCCUGGAAGUGUUGAAUCUUCGAUGAUUGAUAGCUCUAAUAAUAAGGUGAUGGAAUCGGAUAGGCUUUGGCUAGAAACCUACGUUUGUGCCAUGGUACGUGCUUUAAUUACGGCAGAUAAUGAUUCGUCGGACUUUACUUCCGUGGUAGAGAUUCGUAAGAUCAACCCUCUGUUGAAUAAGGAAGGUACUGACCUAUUCUUGGAAGGUUUUGAAAAGCUUUUCUUUGAAGGUGCAAAACUUGGAUGUUCUGAGGAUAUUCAAGUGGCUACCAAUGGCAACAAUUGUCUUGUUGAUGCGUUUCUUAGAUGUAUUGAGCUUACAGGACUGUAUGAAAAGGGUCUUGAGAUCAUUGGUCGACUCAAAUCCAUUGAUCCAUUUGUCUCAUCCUUGGAGGCUAAGCUAUGCUUCAUGGGAGAUCAAGAAGUUAAGGCCAUAAAAGUGAUGCAUGAUGCUGUUCAGCUUAAUACUUUAGACGGAGAAAUCAUGACAAUGCAGGCACAGUUCUGUCUUGAUAAGGGACGUCUUGAUAUGGCCUUGCCUAUCGCCACUAAGGCUGUCAAUUCUUCCCCGUCUUAUUUCAAGCCUUGGUCCGUUUUAGUAAAAGUCUAUGUCGCCUUAGGGGAAUACGAACAGGCUCUUCUUACGUUGAAUUCAUGUCCUAUGGUUACCCAUAAGGACAAGUAUAUUCUUAAGAGGAUCAACAAUCCAAAGUCCGAAGAUAUGCAUUUGCCAUUACCUAUUGAUGUCACUUUAGACAAGGUCUCUACUUUGAAUUCUGUUGAUGUGGCUGUGGAGCAUAAUAAAAUUGACCGGAGCUUACUAAAUCUUCCUGCUGCCAACCUAAAGUCAACUUUUGCGGAGGCUUACAGUCUAUUGACCAGCAUUGUUCAUAAGACUGGUUGGGAGGCUUUACUCAAGUAUAGGACUAAGGUCUUUGUUAUGGAAGAGGAGUUUAAGAUGGAAAAUGGGAGUAAGGAGAGUGUUAUUGACGGUCCUAAGAAACUUCCUGAGGCUACCAUUUCUGAGGAAGCUAGGGCCCGAACUGCGUCUCUUAAUGAUGACUUCAAGAAGAAGAGAUUAUGCGAGAGAUGGCUCGAUAACCUCUUCAUGCUUCUCUACGAAGAUUUACGCGUUUACACCAUGUACAAAGCUGAAUUGAUGCACUUUGAUGCCCAGCAAAUGGAGUUGAAGAAGACUACUUUAGAAUGGGAGCUUACGGGAUUGGUUGCCAAUAGAUUGGACCACUUGGAAGAGGCUGCUAAAUGCUUUGAGAUGGGACUUGAAGAACGGUUUAGUCCUCGCUGUACGUUGAAGUUGUUGCAGUACUACACGAAACAGCGUGGCACGAAGUUGGGGGACAGUUCCAAACACAACGAGUACAACGACACGAUCUUGGAAUUGAUUGUUAAACUUCUUGUCUGGAAUCAUAGAUGGUAUUGUGGCUUUUCUCCAGAGCUUAUUGAGGCACUUAGAGACCUAGUGAAUGAAGUCGGUAGAGUGAAGGUCGAAAACGAAGUUAGGGUGAGAUUUGAUGACGGUAAUACUGGAGUAUUUGAUGUUGUAUUGGACAACUUACGAUUUCUAGAGAUUUAUGGGACGAUAGAGGCAGAAGAGUAG